AUGGUGGAUUUUAUGGAAGUGAACUCAGCGGUGAAAUUGUUGAAAUACUCCAAGGAGGGGCAGAGAAGCUUCAGAGAGAAAGAAAGACAUCAAGAAUUCGCAAAGAGAUUGGGACUGGUAUCCUCUGAGCACAACCUCAUGUUCUUCGACUCGGCAGCAAAACCCGCCGUGGCAUGUCGCAAGGAAGAGGUCACCGCCAAAGAAGGCAACGACACUGUGCAGACGAAACUCAAUGAUGUUUACUGCUGGAUAGUAGCAAGCAUGUUCGUUAUUAACGUCAUCUUCGUCGUUAUGAUCUUCGUGUUGACUCCCAGGACGUCCACAGACACUUGCUCUUAG